AUGCAUGAUGAGAGCAGCUUGGCCAUUGAGGCCAUUGGGCAGACCCCGCGGCCUAAAGCAAAGAAGGACAAAACCCGAUUGUCAAAUCCCAGCACUCAAAAGGCCUCAUUGUCACGGUCAUUGAGUUUCCAGGGAGAAGAUGAUGGCGGCAAGGAAGAUUUGAAAUUUUGGCAAACAAAGGCCAAGCGGUGGCAGCAAGAUGCUUUGCUGGGUGAUUGUUUGGCAAGUGAAGCUUUGAAAUCUCUUGCGCCUGACGCCCGUCAGAGAGCUAAAGAAACCUGGUUGGUAGGGACGAAGUCAGGUUUUAUGUGCAUUGCUUGCCAAGAUGCAAAGAUGCCAGGUUGUUGGUCCAAAGGCACAGCAGGAGCUGACGCGCAGGAUUUUAGCAGAUGGCGUUUGGUCAAGCACACAAAAUCCAAAGCGCAUGUUGCUGCUGUGGAGACUUACCUGAAUGUUAGCACUGAGCCGCCUGGAGCACCGUCCUUCAGUGAUUUCAAGACAGUUUUGGAAUCAGCCCAAGGAGGGGCUUCAUUGCGGGCAACCAAUCAGUUCAAGUCAUGGUCUGACAAGACGGAGCUCAUGAUCUGGUCUUUGCAGGAGGCUUUGCUGAAUGAAACAAGGUCACAGCUGGAGUCUUCUGCUACCAUCUCCCUGACCCGAGAUGCCAGGCGUCAAAGGCUAUUCGUUCGCUAUGGGGUUUGCAGUGAUGAUUUCAAACUCUCUUCGGGGGUGCUGGGUCUUGCUCGUGAUGAAGGUGACCGGGCUGGAAACAUCUUGCGAGCUACGCGCAACAUCUUGACCAGGGUGUGUACUAAGUGGGCUUGUCCUCCUCGCUGGUACACUGGUCCUGAUGCUGAGCUGCUGAAUGAUUUGCUGGAGCAUGUGCAGCAGACCAUCGAGAUCGUGACAAGUGACUGUGCAUCUAAUGAGAUCUUGGCAACACAAGCGGGUGCAGGCCAGCGUGAUCCCAAUUUGGAGGAGGGCGGUGUGGGUGAGCAGAAUGACGGCAUACUCACUCCAAAUUUGAAGAUGGUUGGCCGGGACAAAGCCCACUCUUUCAGAAGGCUGAUGACAAGACCUGUCAAAGUUGAUGGCUACUUGUCAGAUAUCAUCGAAGAUUUUAUUUCCUCAAAGUCAUCCAUGGCACAAAAAAUCCAGGCCUCCUAUGACCUCAAGGAUAUCUUUCGACAAGAGAUUGCAGCAGAUUUGGAACACAACACGGCAGAUUCACCAGUCACUGCCCGGAUUCAGAACCUUCGCGCUGCGAAGCAUCGAUUUGAGAGUUUGGCUAGCCCACUGGGCCGUAUGCUGCUUUACCUCCCUUCGUUCAUCAAAGCCUGCCAGCGAGUCUCAGAAACUCGCAAAGGUCAAGCUGUAGCCCGAAGUGCUCGGCUCUUCCUGGAUCAGCUCAGCGCAGAACGGCUGCUGCAGGCAGCGCUUUUGAGUGACGGCCUAGAUGAAGCAUUGUUGCUUGUGCGGCAAGUGGAUUGUCAGGAUGUAGAUGUUGCCGAUGUUCCUGGUCAAGUACAAAGCUUUGUCGACCGGCUGCACUGUUUAUUUGGCCCAGACAGAGCUGCGUUGACAGCCCCCACCUACACCAAGCAUGUAGUUGAGCUAUUACAACAAGGAAAAGUCGCCUUUAUAGUGGAUGACGGUGAUGUUCGUAGGUUGGCAAUGCCAUCAUCACCUUCCACUCUUGACAGGGUCUUCAAGAGAAUGCAACUGUGGAUGAAUCUGGUCAUGCAAGUGUUGAAGAGUGAAUGGCCAGACUACACUUUGUUUGCUGCCAUGGGGUUUUCAACUUGGUUGAUGGGUCUUGUCGCAGUGCUGCAGCUAGGCGAUUCAAGGUUGAGGUUGAUGUGA